UCCAUUGUCCCUGGGCUGCGUUGGCUCCUAGCACCCCCCAAUCAGCUGAUUACUGUUUUCAUGGAAUUGCACUGAAAUUUCUCAGAAGAGAUCUCAGAAAAAUCCCGUGAAAAAAAAAAUGCAUAAAUAAUUGUGAGAAAUCGAUAAUGGAGCAGAUCGAUAGGUGAAGUCGACUUGUCCAAUAGCCUUCGCAGUGGCAUCAGUGGCAUCAGUGGCAUCAGUGGUAUGUUCCAACAACACAAGCCCCUGUCAGUCGGUCGCAGUAUGACGCAGUAGAAGGCCACCACACCAAACGGACUUUUAACUGUCAUCCAGUUGGUGUUAAUACCCUCAACAACUCAUCGACAAUGACUAUUAAAUCACCCUGAUCCGAUAAGAGCGAAUGAUAACAGAAUGUCGGCGGACUCGCCCAGACGAGGGCUGCACAAGGGGGCCCAAGUGAUCUCGCCCCAGCCAAUAAACGACAGAUCGAUAAUCGAUAGCGUAGCGGGAAUAAUAAAUGACAUAGUGCCUCAAGCCUACGCAGGAAUUCCAGCCAGCGACAACAAAGAGACCAUAACCUGGGCGAGAUUUGAAUACGGUGACGUCAACGAUCCCUCUCUCUUUCCCGAUUACAUCGAGGGCUCGAGCACUCCACCUCUGCUUCUGGUUCUCGGAUAUGCAACUGGUGUUCAAGUGUGGAUAAUAGCAGCAUCAGGAGAGGCAACUGAGGUAUUGUCUUGGAGACAAGGUGUCGUUCGUACCCUGAGAAUUCUCCCUGAUCCCCUAACCGACGAGGAUCAUCCAGAUCCAUACGAGAAAAAACGCCCCAUCGUCGCGAUUUGCGAUUCUGCUGGGCCUGGGCCCCAAUUCUGCAGUGUAAGCUUCAUAUCCCUGAAGACGGGAGAGCAGACCAAGAGCAUUAAAUUUAAAAAUCCUGUCUGCGAUGUUCUGGCGAACAAGAGAUCUGUCAUUGUCACUUUCUCGGAGAAGAUAGCUGUAUUCGAUGCUAGGACCUUUGAUGAUGUUCUCACAGUGACCACUUGUUAUCUCAGUCCUGGGCCUAAUCCCAAUCCUGUUGCCCUUGGAACCAGGUGGUUAGCCUACAGUGAGAAAAAAUUACUGCCAGCAAGGCGUAGCAGUGGUGGCAGCGAGGGUGAGGGUGUCCAGAGUUACACAGCAGCAGUGCUGUACGCUGCGAAAUCUCUGGGAAAGGGUCUCCGAGGCCUGGGGGAAACAGUUGCCUCAAGUCUCACAGGCACUACAGCAGCACCCUUACCUCUCAACAAUGCAGGCGGUGAUGUCACCCAACCCGGUGUUAUCACUAUCCUGGAUCUACAGGCAGCCAAGGAGGAAAAAGAGCUGGAUGAUCCGACGAUGGAGACAGUGGUUGCCCACUUCACAGCGCACAGUGACGCAAUUGUGGCGAUGACAUUUGACCAAACAGGGGCCAUUCUCAUGACGGCUGAUCGCAGGGGUCACGACUUCCAUGUGUUUCGGAUACAGCCGCAUCCUGGAGGGCCAACUCUCGCCGCUGUUCAUCACUUGUACGUUCUCCACAGGGGUGACACCACUGCAAAAGUCCAGGACAUGGUUUUCUCGAGUGACACCAGGUGGGCAGCUGUGUCCACUGUUCGAGGAACGACCCAUGUGUUUCCAGUGGCACCAUAUGGAGGCCCUGUCGGAAUGAGAACUCACUCGACACCCCACGUAGUUAACAGACUAUCGAGAUUCCACAGGAGUGCUGGCCUCACUGACGAUGGAACCAGAUCCCACUCACCAGUUUCUCACACUGAAAUGCCCAUCUCUGCUUAUCCUUACUCCAAUCCCAGACUUCCCCCCUAUCCACACCCAACGAUCCUCCACCCACUGGCUCAAAUACGCCAGCCAUCGGCCCUCAAUCACACCAACAAUCAGACGCAGCCCAGUCGACCACAGCAGAGACAACGCCUGCACUCAGAUGAUAAUGGAACAUUACCGCUGAAAAUAUGCGCCUGUUUUGCACCCCCACGAGCCUGGAUAUAUUCCCAACGGGACUCCACCAGCAAAGUAUCAAAACGUGCUGUUGAUUCAUUGUUCAUAAUGGCUUGUCAUGGUAAUAUGAUUCAGUACGACUUAGAACCCAAACCAGCUGCAGGUAUCCCAAAAGAAAAAGUGUGUGAUGACACGAUGAUAGAGCUCGAGGUAGAGGCGAAGGGCCAGUGGCCCCUGCUGAGAAUACCCAAUUCUCUCGAAAUAAUACCUCCACUGCCAUCGUCGAGUCCACUGCUGUGUUACUCUGGCUCCCCCAAGAACUCCAGACAGAUGGACACUGCUGAGGAUCGGUGGUUGAGUCAGGUGGAGAUUGUCACCCAUGCUGGGCCUCACCGGAGGCUCUGGAUGGGGCCUCAGUUCGUGUUCAAGACGUAUAAUGCCCCCAGUGGAGUGAAUUUGGUGGAGUCCGAGGCAGUGGAAAUUGGCGUCACUGGUGGAUCCCGACCGGCGAGAUCGAAUCCUGUUAAUAUGCCUCAUGCAGCAGCUAGACCUCUAGUGCCAGUUGUUAUUGACGGAUCUGGAAGCAGUUACGAGCAAUCCCCAAGAUUCAUGGAAGCCUAUGGUGACUCCCUGGGGAACGAAACCAUGGAUAUGGGCAAUGGUGAGAACCAGCUCCGCGUGGAUCUCGCCGAGGCCAUGCUGGACAUAUCAGGAGCUGCCAACCGAGUUCCAGGGAGGCGAUUGGUAGUUGAGAGGGUGGGACAGCCGGUGACAAAAGUCGUCAACCCCCUGGGCACAGUGAUAACAGUCCUGGCCGACGAGGAGGACGCGUCCUCCCAGGAUUUCGAUGAUGAUGCAAUAGCUGAAGCCCCCAGAAGCGUAUGCGCCGAGGAGGGUCCAGCAUCCCUCAACGAUUUCGAUAACGAUGGAAAUCCACUGCGUAAUCAUACCGAAAUAUGCGCUGAAAUGCGUUCAGCGAGUGAACCAGCGAUAGACAGUGUACCUGACGACGACAUACGAGAUGUUAAAGAGCAUAAACAAUUGUGCGUUGAGGCAGCGACAAUGACACCGGGGAGUAUCGACUACGAGAGAGGUGCAUUCAGGGAUGUACCAACAACCCUGAGUCUCUGCGCUGAGCAAGGUGAGAUACCCAGCAGUCCAAUGACCCAGGCGAGGGAAAAUUCAUGGAUAAAACGUCAAGCUAAGCGCGACCAUCACGCGCCGGAACCAACAAUUGCUGCUGCUAAAUACGUUGUCAAUUACGACGACGAUAGUAUUGUACUUAUGGAGAAUAAAACAGCUGAGUUAGAUAAAUGUUGCGAUGAGCCUGAGCCAGAGAAGGUGCCCCAGGGGCCGGGUAUUAUCCUCAAGAGGAAUAAAAAGGGUAAUAAUCGGGAGGGUCCUAAGUACCUUCUGCACGAGCACGAGGACAGUGUCAUAAUUGAGGAUACGAGUGAACCACAGGUUAUUAAAAAUACCGAGGAAAAGCCGAAGGAGCACAGAAAAUUGGCCAUCAAAGUUGAUCGAACGAUGGAGAGUGCUGGUGAGGCUGAGGCCAUGAUGACCGAUGCCUUUGUCGAGCUCAAGGCACUUGAAGCUCUUACCGAUGAGGAUCAAACCAAAGCAGAACCCAUGGACGCCUCUGUAUCCAGUCUCUGCAAGAUGACACUUCCCCUGGAGCUACCCACUCUCGACGACUUCAACUGCAUGGAUUACCACAUUAUUGAGCCCAACGUCUUCUCCAAGGAUAGCUAUCACGUGUCGGACGAUGACAUCGAGCACAUCAGCUCUGAAGUUGUCCUGGAGUUGGUGGAUCCGAAGAUAGAGCGUUUCGAGAAGGUCGACGAGGCGUACGGUCAGGAUUACGAGGUGUCUCCUGCGAGACACAGGAAGGGGAGCAAGAGUACGAUUUCUGAUGACGACCUGGAGCACAUCCAGGCGUCAGAGAUAACGGAGUUAUUGGAGAAAGGAAAGGCGUUUGUCAUGGAGCAAGUUGAUGAGAUAUCGAAGAGCAAGGGUAUGCUCUCCGACGACGAUCUCGAGCACGUUGGAACACCUGAUGUUCCCCAGUCUCCUCCUCUGGCGUCCUCGCCUCCUCCAGCCGACAGUAAAUCCCCAGAGCCACAGGAGGCUGACAAGCCACCUCCAGUGAGGUCCAGGGGCUCCAGAAAGCGAAAAGACGUGGUCGUCAUCGACUCUGAGCCUUCAGAGACUGAGGUGACGGUCAUUGUCAAGUCCCUGGGUGCCCCAGGAUCCUGGAGUAAGAGCAAGAGUCCUGAUAAAGAUUUAACAGAGGAUACUGAGAGAUCGAUCGAGCCCAAGCUCGAUCAGGCCACUUCCCAGAGCCUCCCCAAGAAGACACGAGUCAGAACACCAAAAAAUCCAGCCCAGAGUCCCACUAAUGUCAUUGAGAUUAUUGAUAUCGAUGCUAUGCAGAAAGCGGAAAUGGAAAUCGCUGGGGCACCAGAGUGCAAGAUACUCGAGCCUGAGAUGUCGAUCGUCAGGAUGAAAAAGUCCAGGAGAAACAGGAAAGUGCCUCUUGGAGGUAGUGAUAAGGGUGAUGAGGAGGGAAAGGAGAAAAUAGAGUGGGAGGCGAUUGUUCACCGGCCGAGGGUGGAGGAGAAUUGCCAGGACGAGGAAAAGGUGAAGGUAGAGGAAGUGGCUGUUGUGAUGGAGGCGAAGGGUUCCAAGAAGAGGGGAAAGAAGGCCAACUCGGUCACUGGGCCCAACUCUGGCUCAGGAUCUGAUGGGGGAAAGAAGGAGGGGGUUAUUGAGGUGGAGGUCAAGGAGGGUGGGGAGAUGGAGAAGAAACAGAGUGACUCAGAGCUGGAUAAUCCACCGGAACGCUCGAGCUCCUCUGAUGAUCUCAAUGCUAAUGUAGUGCCUAUGGAUACUGAGGAGGAUAGUGGGGUUAAAGAGGUGGAGAAGACGACGGCAUCGCCGUCUUGGUCCACCGUUGCUAAGAAAAAUUGCAGGUCCAAGAAGAAAAAGAGGAGAUGAGUCGAGGAUUGCGUAGACAUGCCUGGGGCCAGCCUUGCUCUUUAUAUUCUUCUCAUGCAGGUUGCGGGGGUUGAUUAAAAAAGUUGAUUUGUUUGUUUUUCUUUUUGUUUUCAAGAUUUUUUUUCUGGGGGUGAUUUCAAUAACUCGUAAACUGGGAAAAAUUCGGUGAAAUGCGCAUACAUUAAUUUUAAAAUGGAAAUAUUUUAUGAAUUUUGUCUGCCGGAGAUGUGGGCGAAUUAUUGAUGAUUUUCGAGAUAAUUUGGGUAGGCAGCGCUGUUUAGAGGAAUUCUUUUCGUGAUUUUUAGGAUUUUGUGAAAUAUUUUUGAAAUAGUUCUGAUUAAUUAAUUCUCUCUGCUUGAGCAAGGCUCUCGAUUACACCUGGUUUUAGGUAAUUAGGAGUCCACGUUUGUUUGUUUAUUCCAAGGGUCGCAAUUUUUUAGUGAUAAUUCAUUUGGAUCUCAUGAUUCGUAGGUUCAUCGUAGGCAUCUUCUUUCAGUUCGUUAUUUGUCUCAUGCAAGGCGAAGAAUAUCAAUCGGAAUUCAUUUGAUUUCAAAAUUAUAUCGAGAAUCAUGAGAGAAAUCUCUUGUUUGUCUUUUAUGUCAGGUGCCCGCAAUCACGGGAUUAGAACCUCGCCUUUGGCUCGUGAUACAACCCCCCCACGAGCCAAAAAAUGCAUCGCGCACUUGUUUCACAAUAUACUAUUAGGUUUGAGUGAUUUCCUUAGAGAAAUAUUGCGACUAUGGACUUUCUUAGAUUGAAAACCCUACAAUGUCUACGAGAAUAGGAAAAAAAAAUGGAAAAGAUACAAAAAAAAAUAAGAAAAAUGGAAAAAUUGUUCUUUUUCGUUGGUAGAGCUUGAGAAUUCUAAGUCUUUGAUGAAGAAAAAACUUCGGAUUAUGUAUUUUUAAAGUUAUUGGCCAUUAGGUGUUCAUUUGCACAGACAAAGCAAAAUUAAAAGGCUAGCUUAAUUAAUUAAAAAUUGGUGGAAUAGAAAACUGAUGGUUCUUCAAAAAUUUAUUUUUUAAUGAUACUUGCAGCGUAAUUAUGCAGCCUUAAUUGAAUGAAAUUCGGAGGAGUUCUGAAUUUCAAUAGCGAUUAUGUAAUAUUGAUAUAUUUAUUCAUUUCGUUGCGAAAUAUUGAAGGUUGAUGGAUGUUGAAGGACUUUCUAACCACCAGAGUAUUACCAUCAUAUUUAAUAUUAACGAUAAUUUACGUAAGUGUAAAUCGAAAAAUGUAGAAUAUUGACGUGUUUAUUCGUGAGAGAAUUUUUUUUUUCUUUUUGAUUGAAUGUUUUUGCUCUCCUCUCAGCUUCCGAAUUCUUAUGAUUUUCGUCAACGCAGUCUCCACUUUAUUUAUUUAUUACUUUCUUAUGAUUUUUUUUUCAUCAAGACUGCCUACACUAGAAGUAGAUCGCAGAAUGAAUUGUUUUUUCUUUUUUGUUCUCUCCCGAAAAACUUUUAUUUAUUCAAAUACUUUUUAAUAUAUUCUUCGAUUUUUAUGGAAGAAAGUCAAUGCCUUUUGCAAUCAUUGUAUUUUCAUGAUUAUUUAUUUAACUUCGGCGUUCAAUGUCGAAGAGGUGAAUUUUCGUCGGAAAAUUAUUUGAAUGUUUAAUCGAAUUUUUUCACUUUCGAAAAAAUAGACAUGCGUAAAAUACUCAUGAGGAAAUUGAAAUCCUCGAAACUACUCUUGACUCCUGUCACCGCGGGAACGAAAAAACAAUGCUGUAAAUUAACGAUAAUAUUUAUCGAGUGAACCGUGACAAUUUCGAAUUUUUCAAAUUAAUUUGAAAGUAAAACCGAAAAAACCUGAAUAUUCUCAAAUUGGGAAUUACUUUAAUUGAAUGUUUGUAAUUAUUAUUCUGUGGAAAUUUUUAUUUUGGAGACUGCGACGUUCUCUACUCAAUUAUCCCCAUCGUCUAGUGCUGCUUGGUCCUUCGAUUAUUUAAAGUACGAGUCAGUGUUACGAGAAAAUAAGAAAACACGAAUUUAAAAAAAUACUCACCCUUAAUUUAGUAUUAGCAUAUACGAAUAUCAAACAAUUAGCAGAAAAAAUUUAAGUUUUUUUUAAAUAAUUGAAAUUGAAUAGAAUUCUUUCGAGAAAUCGUUAGAUCUUUCUGUUAAUUACUAUUGCGUUCUGUUAAUCACGCAUCAUAAACAAUUUUCGUUGCAAAUGCAGCUUUCAUUAGAGUUGUAUAACGCGACGAAAAAAUAAAAGUGUUCAUUAGAAAAAUGUAAUUGACAAAUGUCGAAAUUUUGUUUCGCUGCAAGAAUGUGUCAACGCUAAUUUUCCGUUUAAUUUCGAGUGAGUGAUUGAUAAUAACGAUAGCUUAUGGAAUGAUUAGUUAUUUCCUUUCAACAAUUGUUCACCAAAAAUUUGACUAAACAUCCUGAAUUUUAAAUGGUAGUAAAAAGAUAUUCUAAAAUAUCGAGUGAGUGAGAAAUCCGACAACUGUACUCUCUAUUUUAAGAAUGAAAUAGCACACAUAAUUAGCAAAAGUUGAAAUUUAUGUCUGAAAGAUCAAUUAGAACGCCAGUAAUAAUUUUAAUUUAAUUAAAGAGGAGUUGCUGCUCCUUCUGAUCUGAGAAGAGUGGAAUAGACGAGUAACUGUAUUAUCGCUGAUAUGUGAGCACAUAAUUUUAUUUACUGGGAUUCCCUGCAAUCGGCAUUAUCUUUUACAUGCGGGCAUGUAUAUACUGUGUACGCAUACAUCGAUUUAUCCUUCGACACAAAUUUUCUGAAGUAAUAAUAUAUGGAAAGUGGGUUCACGUUCUUGCGCAAAUUUUUUUGGGUGGAGAAUUAAAAUGAAAAGAUUCGCGAGAGAAGAUUCUGCGCUCGGUUGCAUAGCAUUGGCCAAAAGUACCUUGAAAAUUAUUUAAAAAGUGCAGUGAGGAUUAAUUAUCGAUGGGGAGAGGGUGGAGGGGUGAUUUAACGUGUUAAUUUCACAAUGAAGUGCUGAUGAAAUAAAAAUGAAGUUCUGUAAAGCAUUAAAAUUCGAAAUUUCAUCCAUUCACGAUUUGAAAAUUAAAUUAAUUGUUUAUAAAUUAUUUUUGAUAUUUGAAUAAAAAAUAUUGGCGACGAAAUUGCAUGUGCAUAAAUUUCUAUAAUGUUUUAUCACUUCUCUACCGAAAUAUUGAGAAAUCGGUGAUAAUUAUAACGAUCUGUCAUUGGCGAAUCACCGAGUAACCGUAGCUUAUCGUGGGUAAUUAGAGAAUGUACCUUAGUAAAAUAAUAAAUUAUAAUGUUAUAAAAUACUUAGCAAUUACGAUUCACUAACUAGUUUUUCUUCUGUGUAGAAUUCAUUGACAAAGUUGUUUUAAAUCCGUCGUAAAACGAUAAAAGUACCUAAACAAAAAAAAAUGAGAGAAAAUUGUAAAGAAAAUUUGAAUAUUCUCUUGACGCAUGAAAAAUCUCAACGAAUUAACAGUCGAGAGUAGCUGAAUAAUCGAAGAAUCAUGUCAAUAAAUUUUUAGAAAGAAAAAUCAACCAUUCAAUUUUCUGCUUCGAGAGAAAUUAAUAAUUUUCAUCCGAAAAAAUCUGCUCACGUAGAGUAACCACAGAGCACAAAACUAAAAUAGAAACUGGCGUGUGUUUGGAGAAAAACCGAAAAAAGUGGAGGUAGGGUAGCGUUUGUGAUAAUUGAUAAAAUACGCUGCGCUCUUGAACUAUCAACUUUUCAACUGCUAAACAAACUAAACAAGAAAUAAAUAAAUUUAAAUUUAUAGAUAUAUAUUAAUGCACGACGAGUAAUUGUAUAAAAGAAUGAGAAAAACAAAAAAAAACAUGAGUUUUAUCGAUUGUAUUCACAUAAGACAUUAACUUAAUGUGCUGUUGCAUACGGCAGAGGAAAAGAAGCUGAAAAAAAAAAUAUAAAAAA